CUGACCUGCCUCGGCAUCGUCACCAACCUCAUCAACGUCCGGGUUUUCCACCGACAGGGGGUGACGUCGGACAGCACGACGGUGGUCCUUUUCACGCUCUCGCUGUCGGAUCUUCUGGGCUGCGUCUUCCUGGUUCCGGAGAUCUUCUGCUUCUACGCGGAGGGCCGCGUGCAGACCGACAACGGCUUCAUCAACAACUGCACCGAGCUCACGCUCAUGCCGGCCACUUACACGCAUUUAAUCUUGAUCAAAAUAUCCAGCUUCGUAACCGUCUACCUGUCCGUAGAGCGUGCCAUCUGCGUGGUGUUUCCUUUGAGAGUCAAGCGCAUCAUCAGGGUGAAAAACACGGUCACAAUCAUGGUACUGAUUUACAUCCUGCUCAUCAUCUCCUUCCUGCCGUACGGUGUGAACGUGUUCGUUGUUUGGGUUGCGGACCCCAACAAGAACGGGUCGCACAAGGCCAUCAAUUACGCGACACCAGAGGGUAAAACUUUUGCCCUGACCAACAGCUUAUUCCACUCCUUCACGAUGUCCUCUCUGACCAUGAUCGUCGUCACCGUCUCGACGGUCGCCAUAGUAACGCGCCUCAAGGCCUCGGUAAAAUGGCGUGCGGCGUCCGCGUUAGGACGCUGCAGCGGACUGAAGGGUUUCGACAGGGCAUCGGUCAAGAAGAUGGAAACUGCGAGGAUCGUGCUCGCCAUAAUGUCCGUGUACCUGAUGUGUUUGACAUUCACGCACAUACCCAACAUGGCCUUGGUGGCCAUCCCGGGAGCGGAUCUCACCGGCCGGAACAGGUUUUUUGCGGAAGUGCUCUACGUGCUCAAGUUCGAUUUCGAUUCUUUUAACUCGUCUGUUCAUUUCUUCUUUUACAUUAGGAUGAGCUCCAAGUAC